AGCUCCGCCCUCAAAACGGGGGUCUCGAUCACGCAUGCGCAGUUUCCAACGCUCUAUUUUCUCCUGGUGUCACAGCAGCGAGGUUGUCCUUCCUGUCAUAUAGUCCGCUCACAUCGUCAAUACUUCAAAGAGGCAUGGCGGAGAAGAGAAAGGGCAGUGUGGCGCAGCAGGACAAGGCAGGGAACAAAGGCUGUGUGACUUGUCAGCACCAUGCUGCAUCCAAGGUACACGACACAAUGGCCGUCCCUCCUACCUACUCAGACUUGGGGAAAUCUGCCAAAGACAUCUUCAACAAGGGUUUUGGCUAUGGAGUUAUGAAGCUGGAUGUGAAGACUAAAUCCCAGAGUGGUGUUGAGUUUGCCACUUCAGGCUCCAACAACGCUGAUACUGGCAAGUCAAGCGGCCACCUGGAGACCAAGUACAAAGUCAGUGAGCUGGGCCUGAGCUUCAACCAGAAAUGGAACACAGACAACACUCUAUGCACAGAAGUCACCAUGGAGGACCAGCUGGCAAAAGGCUUGAAGCUGGGUCUGGACACAUCCUUUGUACCAAACACUGGCAAAAAGAGCGCCAAACUGAAGACGGCCUACAAGCGUGAUUUUGUCAACGUGGGAUGUGACCUGGACUUCGACAUAGCCGGCCUCACUGUCCACGGCGCUGCUGUGCUGGGUUACGAGGGUUGGCUGGCGGGUUACCAGUUGGCGUUUGACACGGCCAAGUCCAGGCUGACAAAGAACAACUUUGCCUUGGGAUACAAAGCCCCCGACUUCCAGCUUCAUACCAGCGUCAAUGAUGGCACAGAGUUCGCCGGCUCCAUUUACCAGAAGGUGAACAGCAACAUGGAGAUGGCAGUGCAACUGGCGUGGACAGCCGGCAGCAAUAACACGCUUUUUGGUGUGGGAGCCAAAUACCAGCUGGAUAAGGACGCUUCUGUCUCUACCAAAGUCUACAACAGCAGCCUCGUUGGCGUCGGUUACACACAAACCCUUCGACCAGGUGUCAAGCUGACGCUCUCGGCGCUCUUGGACAGCAAGAACUUGAACGGCGGUGGACACAAAGUGGGCAUGGGCUUUGAGCUUGAGGCGUGAAUGUGACGGGGAGAGAAGCAAAAAAUGUCACCAGGGAGGAAAAGGAGAGGAAAGAGUGUGACACCUCAAAGAUCCAAUGAAACACAUUCUAAGGUUCUAAGGGCUUAACCUUGCAGGACUGACAGUUUUAAUGCAAUAUUAUUCCUAAUCAGGGUAACUUCAUUCACAAUCACAUCUACAGUAGAUCAUGUAUUAUUCAUACACUGGCCACGUUUGAGUCAGUGACAAAAAUAUGUUGCUUUGCAAGUAUCAGUGUUUGCCACCUCUGCAAUGUUUCACUUCACUAAAGUGCUUUGUUCUCAGGCUUGGAGCAUAAA